GAGGAGAUGAUUGGGAUCGUUUCAUCGCCCGCAUGCGUCUUAGUGGGGGUGAAUUGAUCAGCUUCUCCUUCAGAAGAGAUAGGCCCAGGAUUUCUGUUAUCUAUCUAAAUUUGAUUCCGGAUAGUGAGGAUGAAGUUCAUGAGGAGGAAGAUGGUGCCGAUUCAGAUGAUGACGAUUCAGAUGAUGAUGAGAACCCACUUUUUGAAUACCUGUAUGCCCAAGGACUCAGACUGGGCGACGAGGAAAUCGGCAACCUCUGGGACAUGCUUCCGCUACGUGAAGACUACCUAGGGAAGCCAUUCGUGACCCGCCUCACAAGGACGAAUGUUAAACGGCAUAUCAUGAAAUUACCUAAGAGGUUACUUGAUAGCUGUGGCAUCGACCCGGACGAAGAAGGCAUGGCUGCUGGACUACGCCUUACCAGAACGGGCUCCAUCAUCAGCUGUGCCUAUGCAGUGGACACGGACGGUCGCACUGUCUUGAGUAGGGCAGGGUGGAAGAAGUUCCUUCGUGGCAAGAAUCUUCGGGUAGGACAGGCCAUCCUACUCACUGUUGCGAACACCAGUCGCCAUGACUUGAGGAUGAUGAUCACCAUCCACCUCAUUUAG